GAGCCGCCACCGCCCGCCUGAUCCCCGAGGCUGCCGGCACCCAGACAAAGCGCGGGGCUGCCCGCCGCACCCGCCCGGCUGAGCCAUGGUGGAGCCGCCGUCCGAGCCUCCCCCGCAGCCCUGCCCGGAGCCCGGGGGGGGCGGUGGCGGCGGCAACGGCGGAGGAGAGUCUGCCCGGACCGGGGAGCAGUCGCCGAUGCUGCACCUGGACCUGUACAACUUCGACUGCGCGGCGGCGGAGGGCAGCCGGUACGUGCUGACCAGCCCGCGGUCGCUGGAGGCCUGUGCCCGCUGCGCCGUGCGGCCGGUGGAGCUGCUGCCGCGGGCGCUCGGGGAGCUGCUGCGGGAGGCUCCUGGGCGCUCCAUGCGAGUGGCCGCCGGCCUCUACGAGGCCUACGAGCGGGAGCGCCGCCGCAAGCUGCAGCAGUGCCGGGAGGAGCGGGAGAGGAUUAUCCGGGAGGAGAAGCGGCGGGUCCUGGCGCCCCUCGGCAGCCUGCCGCCCUCCCCCGCCUCCCGCGCCGCAACCCGUGCCGCCGCCGGCGGGCCCCGGCCCCAUGGCGGGGGGAAGGCUAAGACCAAAAGCCAUUCCCUGGACUCGCUGCAGAAGCGCCGUGAGGGCAGCUGGGGCAAGACCUCCUCCGAGUCGGGGGCUUCGUCCUCCUACAGUGGGGAGAGCCUGCGGGAGCACGGGGGUAAGGCAGGCGGCCGGGGCCGCGGGGCAGCCGGCGCUGCCAACGGCGCUCUGCUGGGGCGCAGCUUCAGCCUGGGCGACCUCAGCCACUCACCCCAGACCGCCCAGAGAGUGGAGAGGAUCGUCAGGGAGGUGAAGAGGAGGAAGGGCUUAUCAGAGGUGCCCGAGAGGGACAAGAAGAUCGCGGCGCUGAUGAUCGCCAAGCAUCAGGAGGCCAACCUCCUGCGGGAGCAGCGGCAGGCGGCACACCUGCAGUGGGACAGCCAGCGGCGCCUGGCCGAGCAACGAAAGGAGCGGGAGGAGAAGGAGAAGCAGCGGACCCUUCUGCAGGGCCAGCGGCUGUGGGAGAGCCAGGUGGAGAAGCGCCGGGGGAGGCUGAACCAGGAACAGGAGGAGGCCACCCUGCUGAAGCAGCGGCAGCGCCUGGUGUGUGAGGAGAGGUGGCGGGAGCAAGCGGAGAAGCAGGAGCGGCAGCGGAGGGAGAGGCUGGAGAAGGCCAUCCAAGAGGACAAGCAGAAGAAGCUCCAUCAAGAGCACAACCUGAAGGCGAAAGAGGAGGUAAGGAAGAAGCACCGGGAGCAAGAGGAGCAGCUUCUGCAAGAGAAGCUGUCCAGUGCUGCACAGAAGAGGCUGAAGAAAGAGGUGCAGCUGCAGAAGGAGAAGAAACUGCUCAACCAAGCAGAGAAGCUAAAGCAUGAGGCCUUGCUCAAAGAACUGGCUAGGCAAGAGGCAGAAGAGAAGGAAAUGCUGAAGGCCACCCUGGAGAUGAACUUAACCAAGGCUCAGGAGAACUAUGAGCAUCUUGUGGAGAAGAGGAACCAGGAGCUGAGGGAGAAGGCCAGGCGGGAGGACAUGCAGAUUCAGAGAGCCAAACUGGCAGCAGAGAAGAAAGAGAGGGAGCAGAAGGAGCACUUGGAGGCCCUGGCUAGAGAGACAGAGAGAAAGCUCCAGCAUGCUGCCCAGGUGGCCGAAGAGGUCGUCCAAGAAAAAGCCCGCAAGGUGGUCUUGAGCCGUCUGGAGAAGGAGAAAGUGCAGAAGAUGAACAAGCAAAAGGUGGAACAGUACGAGGAUUUACGGCGCAGGGAGAUCCUCCUCUCUAUAGAGAAGAAGCUGGAGAGGAGUGAGCAGAUCUUCAAGGAGAAGAAGACUGUCUUAGAAAAUGCCAGGUCUGUUGCUCGGGCAUCCUUCCAUGUUCGGGAGAAGGUACGGGAGGAGACGAACGUGCGCACCUUUGACAAGAUGGCCUUGGAAGCAGAACUGCAUGCCCACCUGAAUAAGAAAUGAAAGGUCUUGUCAUGGUUGACUAGGGAAAUGUCAUUGGUUGUCAAUCAUAAAGCAUCAGAAGGCUCUACGUUAUUUAGCAUUAAAAAAAACAACAACAAACAACUACCCUAAUUUCUUAUGAGGGAGUAGGGUACCGCACAAAAAUGUGGCAGCUAUUUCACAUAACUUUUUAAAAUAUGUUUUUGUUCUGGGUGUGUUUUAAGGACUGACCUCAGUCAUCUUUAUAGAGGGCAAGCGAGGGGUUUUUUUCGUCCUCCACCCCACAAGCACAUGCAUUUUCUCAGAGAGAGCUGCAGAAGUCUGCUUGAAGCCUGUGAGUUACUGAUUGUCUGUCUACACUGGAGCAGAUUACAGCUAUACCCUUUUCCAUUGGAAAUGCAGACAGCAGAGACUCUGAUUACUGGAGCCUACUGAACCAAAACCACCCCAGCUGAUUCUGGCUUGAGUGACAAGCAUCAUGGUUUAAGUUACAGGAAUCCAUUUUCAAUGCUCCUGCACUCCCACACCAGUGGUGAGGAGGGCUGCAAUACAGAAUGCCACACAGCCCUGCAUGUCCUGCACCCACUGCUGGUACCGAGCAAGAGAAGGUACAGAUCAAGACUUCAUAACACCAUGUGAGUAGACAUUAUGAUAUGAGCUAGGGCAGAAGCUGUUAGAAAGGCUCACAUACACAAUUUCACUUUUGCUGUUUGCCACUGUUAACCCUCCCAGGUAUCCUCAUCUCUUCUCCUUUCCAAGUUUCCCUUACACAUGUCUACAAUUUCUUCUUUUCUUUUGGAGGAGAGGGAGAAGAGGAGAAGUUUGUGGGCAGUCUGACAGGCACCCUCACAACGCACUUGUUCAUUAAGAUAUAAAAAUGAAUGAACCAGUUGAAGCUGGCCUUUGUGGCAAAUGUAGAUCAUUUGUAAAUGGAAAUGUGCAAACAAAUUGCAUGGAGAAAUUGCCAUCUUCUGGAAUUCUCAGAACUCGAGGAGAGACCCUCAGCAACCUUAUCCAGCUUGGCCUGCCUUGAGCAGGAGGUUGGACCAGGUAUCCUCCGGAGGUCCCUUCCCAACGUAAUGAUUCUAAGAGCUGCAUCAAGUGAGAUGUUUGCCCAUCUCUUAUCAUCGUCUACAGAGCAGGGCAGCAUUUAUCUGUCCACUGGUGCUAACAGCUUUAUAUAGGGAACAAGGAAGAGUAGAUGCACAAAAUAAGGUACAUUACAGAUUGUCUGGGGUGAGGAUCACAGCUUUUUUAUUACUCUAAAUCAAUACUGUUUAGAGGGAACCAAGUCCUUCUGCCAUUAGCAGACUUGAAAUGUGAGAAGUUUACUUAUGCCCCAGGUGCAGCAUCCAUGUGAGACAUUGUUCUGCUCCAGAUUUCCACCUUUGCUCUCUGGGUUUCAGUUUGCAUCCAAACCAAGCACUUAGCUGUUUAUUGGUUGUUUUUUUUUUCUGGCUCUGGGCAGUGCCAGCUCUCUGUUCUGCCAUCCGUGACACCAUGUUGGGUUGUUGUGGUGAUAGCAUCAGACCUGGAGCAUGGGGGAGAAGCAGGAAGAACAGUCUCUAUCUUCUUUUCUUGUGGAUGUCUCUGACAUACAACACAGUAGAAGAGAAAACCAGAAGAUUAACAUGUGGCACAGACAUGCAGUCCUGCAUGCAUAGUUUGCUUACCAGAAUUUCCCAAGGCCAGAAACCUCUUUGAAGACUUUAAAGAAGGUGCUAAAUGGAAUGCAACAACAACAGUAGACCAAGUGUACCCUGGUCCCUGCAAGGCUGCAGGCAUUAUACAAACAGCGUUGAAAAUAAAGCAAGAAGGGACUUUGAUUUUUGUGGAACUUGAUCUUUUUUAAAAUUACAGUUGGUGCCGUUAAGAGCAGAUGGCAUGAAAGUAGGAAUUAGGGCACUUGAGUGAUAUUUGCUCCAUCAGUCAUUGGUUCACUGUGUAAUUCCAGGCGAGUCCUCAGAGGCUGGGAUUGCUCCUCUUGAUAUAAAAGGAAGCAGAGUCAGGCUCUCGGAAUUGCUGGGACUUGCAGGAAAUAUUAACACGUGGCAAAAUGCUUCAAAGACUGGACAAAUCAUGCUAACAAAGCACAAAGUACUAUUUAAUUUUUAUAUUAUUUAUUUAUUUAUUUAUUUGAGUGGCCACUAGAGUAAAACAGUGGUUGGUGAAAAGCACUAAUUAAUGGCAAAAUCUAAAAGUAGGAAUGGGAAGGACAGCCUCAUUACUGUUUCCAGCUGGGCGUCUGUCCCUUCACCCUCGUCCUCAAAACAGCAAUCAGUCUGAACAGUGGAACUAAUCCUGCUGUAACACCCAACCAGGUCCUUGAUCAGAACCAGUUAUCUUCAUGCAUUGUUUGUACUGCAGUGGUCCCUGUGUGCCCUUGUAGCUGCAAAGACUUGAAAAACAGAUGCCCAGUGGCUGAGAUCCAACCUGCAAGAAAUUCCCCUUGCUCCCUGGCAGCUCAAGAGUUGGGAUAGAACCUGCAGUUACUCCAGCAGAGCCAACAUUUGAUCUUGUUUGUAACCCUUAGGACGGCAGAGAAAGCCUGCAAGCAUGGAUGUGACAUUGCACUGUGGCUGAAGUUAACUGCUUGAUUCAUUUAGCGGGGGGCAGAUGAGGAGAGCUGGAAAAUGGCAAAAAGAAGGCAAAAUAUUGGGGAUGAAUGUGAAAACGUAAUCUCUAACUGGAACAGUUUUUCCUUGAAAGUCUACUGCAAUCUACUUGAAGGCUUUGUCAAAACCUCCCUCUGACAGGGCAUUUCCAAUGUAGACUGAGAACAUUUUACAGCCCAGCAGUUGUGUCUUGGACACUGGCUGUAAUUACACUUGGGGUCCAUCUCCUGCUGACUGAGGUUGACGCCUUGGGGCUUCAGCCAAACUAAUCAACACACUUAGAUGAUGGUAACUGUAUUGGCAAACUACUGUUCCUGUACCAUGAAGUGUGCAGCUCAAGUUUUGAAUGUGCAUUCUAAGAAAAAAAAUAUUUUUUUUUCAAAGGA